CACACACAACAAGCAGAGGCAUCGCAACAGCCCACGAACGAUGAAUAUGAAGACUCAUCAGUGUCUUCGGCGGCAGAUGCUGAGAAAGAGAUGAUUGCGGCGAAUGCGCUGAAUGAGGGGACCACACAACCGUUCGAGGAUCCAAUCGCUGAAGAGCAACAACAACAUACCGAUGGAGGCGAUAUUGAGAAGCAAACGACGAGGAGGUCGNUCAACACCUUCGGCGCAUACCAAACCUACUAUCAAACUGGCAUUCUCUCGUCCUCGAGCCCUUCUGACAUCUCGUGGAUCGGAUCGGUACAGGCCUUUUUGCUCAUGCUUGUCGGCGCAUUGACGGGACCCAUCUAUGAUGCUGGAUACUUUCGCGCCUUAUUGACUGUAGGCUCUUUUGGCGUUGUCUUCGGAUUCAUGAUGUUAUCUUUGGCUACAACAUACUGGCAGGUCAUUCUUGCCCAAGGAAUAUGCGUUGGUCUGGGAGCUGGAUGCUUGUUUGUACCAUCGGUCGCCAUCUUGAGUACCUACUUCAGCACAAAGAUUGCCACAGCUAUGGGUCUUGCUGCUGCUGGAAGUAGUUUGGGUAAGCUCUGUCUACGUUUCCAUCUGCUGGAUNGCGGUGUCAUUUACCCCAUCGUCUUCUACCGCCUCGAACCACGCAUCGGAUUUCCCUGGGCAACUCGUGUUAUUGGAUUCAUCGCCUUAGGCACUCUUAUCAUCGCGAACUCGGUCAUGCGCGUGCGCGUCCUUCCAGCUGCCCGCCGUGCUGUUUUCGAUCCCAAGGCCUUCACCGAACUGCCAUACCUCUUCUUCGUGCUUGGUGGCUUCCUCGCCUUCAUGGGACUUUACGCGCCCUUUUUCUACAUUGAGAGCUACGGCAUUACCUACAACAUCACGUCAGAAAGUCUGGGCUUCUAUACUUUGGCCAUCAUCAACUCGGCUUCGGUCUUUGGUCGCAUUGUGCCCAACCUCAUUGCUGAUCGUACCGGACCGAUGAACAUGAUCAUUCCUUGCUGUAUCAUUUCUGGAAUCAUCGCACUCUGCCUUAUCCCUGUUCGCAGCGAAGCAGCGCUCAUCGUCGAAUGUGUGCUGUAUGGCUUCUUUUCCGGAGCUCUGGUGUCGCUACCACCUACUGUGUUUGUGCACUUAUCGCCAAACAGAGGAUUGAUUGGUACGCGUAUGGGACAGGGUUUCAGUAUCAUCUCUAUUGGUCUCUUGCUCGGCACUCCUAUCUGUGGAUGGAUUCUGGAUGGCAGUGGAUUCACUGAUGUGUGGGUCUUUGCUGGAGUGUUGAUCUUGGCAGGCGGCAGUCUCAUGUUUGUGAGCAGAUUCUUCAAGGCAGGGUUCAAGCUCGUGCAGAAGGUUUAG